GCCUGUCCCGGACUGACGCCCCAGCCAUGGGCAGAGUCCUGCUGCCACAGCAGGACCUCGGGAAAGAGGUGCUCUCACCUCAGGGCCCCCUCUGGAGAGCAGGGGGUCCUGCCACGCUGAGGGUCCUGCUCCUCGCCCUGCUCUGGAGGGGGUCUCUGUCCCAGGAGUCUGGUUAUUCCCUGAAGGUGCUGCAGUCGGUGUCGGUGCAGUGCGGUCUCUGCGUUCUCGUCCCCUGCACCUUCACGUACCCAGGCUCGUCUGACACUGACCAUCCCCAGGCUCGUCUCUACGGAUACUGGUUCAAGGAUCAGGUCAAUGUGGGCUAUGAUCCCCCCGUGGCCAGCAGUGACCCCAGCCGGGAAGUGUCGCAGGAGACCCAGGGCCGGUUCCGACUGGUGGGGAAUCCAGGGCUUGGUGACUGCUCCCUGCAAAUCAGCGACAUGCAAUGGAGGGACAGAGGGAAAUAUUUCUUUAGAGUUGAGGGAGACUUUAAAUACAGUUACCGCUCCAAUUACUAUCGCACUCACCCUAUUCUCACGAUCUCCGUGUCAGGGCUGACAGAGAAGCCAGAGAUCCAGAUCUCACCGGUGUGGGGGUUUCCAGGGACGCUGCUGCCCGGGGAGCCGGUGACUAUGACGUGCACGGCCCCCGGGCGAUGCUCCGGGCCCCCUCCCCAAGUCACCUGGACGGGACCGUUCAGCAACACAGCCCGGAAUGUCUCAGCCCAGCUGGCAAAUGGCACCUGGGCCCACAGCUCCGCUCUGAGCUUCAUGCCCACCUCGGUUGACCACGGCAAAGAGCUCAUCUGCAGAGUCACCUUUAACCCAGAAUGGGGACCUGUCACCAGCAGAACCAUCAAGCUCUGCGUCGGCUACCUGCCUGGGCCCCUCAGCAUCACCGGUACCCUGACCAGGAAUGGACGCCCCGAUGUGUGGAAAGCUGAGGGCGACGCGAUGUCUCUACUGACCCACGAGGGCGACUCCCUGACCCUGAGCUGUGAGGCUGGGAGCAGAAUCGAGGCCACCCUGAGCUGGGCCAAGGGGAACAAGUCCCUGAGCUCCGGCCAGGGAGGGGCCGGGCACCUGGAGCUGUUGAAUCUCAGCAGAGGGGACGCUGGGGAGUAUCGGUGUUGGGCAAAGAAUUCCUACGACAGCCCCCGGCCGGGGACCAGGCUGAACUCGUCCUGCCAGCACCAGGGGACCAGCGUCAGCUGCAGCUGCUCCCUGCGCUCCCACCCCGCACCCCAGCUUCAGUGGCAAGUGGACGGGAAGCCCCUGGCUGGGAAUGGCUCAUGGGGGGCCCUGCAGGUCAGCUCCUGGGCCCAGGGGGAUGAGGCUGUCAGCACCCUAAGCUGGACGGGGAGCAGGAACAGAGGCCCCCAGAUCUUCUGCCUCGGCUCCAACCCCCACGGGACCUACGCCGCCCUGCACUUUGACUUCAGUCCCCCGCAGAGAGGUGCGGAGGAGCCUGGCAAGCUGCUGGGCAUGGGGGUGGCCUGUGGUCUGGGGAUCGCUGUCGGUGUCUUCCUUCUCGGGCUCUGUGUGCACAAGCUGCAAGGCCGGGAGCCGUCACCCCCCAGCAGUAAGCUCAGGGAGAUGGCUAAUGAGAGCCAGGCCGAGCACACAGCCGACGAGGCCAGCCUGAUCUACA